UAUUCCCCCUUCUCUUGGCAUGCUUGACUUUGAAUUCAGUGCAUUCCUAUAUAAAACUGACCAAAUGUUGAUGUGUGUCGUUGAAAAUAAUCAGUUUUGUAUGGACUCUCGGCGUGUAUACUUCGCUCCAAAUUCUGCUUCUCAAUCGUAAACGUUUUCUUUUAUCAUCAAAUAAAUUUCUGAACGAAAUGAAGCUGUGGCUAUUACUUUCGAUUUGUUUGAAUUUAUAUUUUGUAAAUUGUUAUAUCGUCGAUCCAGGACCAGUUGUGAAAGCGACCAUAGGUGAAAUUUGGCCGAAGCCAUUUCAACAAACAUCAUCCGAUGACUUUUUCAUCGUUCGGCCGAGCUUAUUGAAAUUUGAGAUCCAAAGUGAGACCUGUGAUAUUUUGACCGAAGCCAUAAGGCGAUACCAACGAAUCAUAAAGUCAUUGUUAAAACGUGGUAUCCAUAGUCAACGACAUGCACACCAUGGACCCAACAUUGUUGAACAUCCAAAUCCAGAGUUUCGAAACAACUCAAAUUUGGCCGGAUUCCUCGAUGAAAUCACGAUUAACUUGAAGAAUCCGUGUGAGCGUGAACCUCAUCCUCAAAUGACUGAGACUUAUCAAUUGAACAUCGCCAACGCGUCGGCUUAUCUUGAAUCCGAAUCGAUUUGGGGAAUUUUGCGUGGUUUGGAGUCUUUUUCUCAAUUGUUGGUCGUUUCAUCGGAUCACACUGCGCUUCGAGUAAAUGGAACUGAAAUCUACGAUAAGCCAAGGUAUUCGUAUCGUGGUUUGUUGGUUGACACAUCCCGUCAUUUUAUCAAUGUUUUUACGUUGAAGCAAAUCCUCGACGGCAUGGCUUACAACAAGCUGAAUGUGUUCCAUUGGCACAUCGUUGACGACCACAGUUUUCCGUACGAGAGUGUGACAUUCCCUGAACUGAGCGCUGAAGGUGCAUACAAUAUGCAUAUGAUUUACUCGCAAAGUGAAAUCAAAGCGAUCAUUGAAUAUGCACGUUUGAGAGGAAUUCGAACGUUGGCCGAAUUUGAUACGCCCGGACAUACACGAUCCUGGGGCGUAUCACACCCGGAACUAUUGACUGCUUGCGAAGGAGUGUACAGUGGAAAGUUAGGACCAAUGGAUCCAACAAACGAAGACACAUACAUAUUCAUGCAGAAGUUACUUGCUGAAAUUGGUACCGUCUUUCCAGACGAGUACAUUCACUUGGGUGGUGAUGAAGUUGGUUUUGAGUGUUGGGAGUCAAGCAAAAAGAUUCAAGAUUACAUGCAAAAGGAAAAUAUAACCCGAUACGAAGUACUCGAAGAACGAUACAUUCAACGCAUUGUAGACAUGGUGAAAGAUUUACACCAUAAAUCAAUUGUUUGGCAAGAGGUGUUUGAGAACGGCGUUCGACUGUCACCCGGAACCGUUGUGCACGUUUGGACUGGUGAUAGGGCGAAACUUCUCGAUGCAAUCACAAAGAGUGGCUUUCCAACUAUCCUGUCAACUUGCUGGUAUUUGGACCACUUAUCGACUGGCGGUGACUGGCGCAAAUACUAUUCAUGUGAACCCAGCGAUUUUCCGGGCGAUGAAAAGCAACAAGCUCUGCUCAUUGGUGGCGAAGCUUGUAUGUGGUCAGAAGUGGUGGACAAUACGAAUAUAUUGCAACGCAUUUUCCCACGGGCAGGUGCAGCGGCCGAGAAACUAUGGUCUCAAAAAAGUACAAAAGAUGUGAUUGAAGCUGGACGACGGCUGGAAGAACACACUUGUCGAAUGCGGAAACGUGGUAUACCGGCACAACCACCAAAUGGGCCCGGAUUUUGUUCCUAAUGUUUUGUUGUAAAUAAUGUAGUAAUUUGAAUUGUAGAUGAAGUAGUCGAUUUUUUAUACGGGGGUUUUAAAAAUGACAUUUUUUUUAAUCAUACUUAAUAAAGAAAAUGUGAUUCACUCAAGUGAAUUAUUCCGUUGAGAUUA